GCGCGCUUUGGGGUCCGUAGUGCGUACAGAGCGAUAUCGGAUGAUCCGCGGGCCUCCCCGGAUCUUCCGCGGCCGCCGUGCAUCUGCGCCAGUUGGAAGGAGAGAAUGAGAUUAUCCAACGACAGAAGGAAGCGGCAGUGGUGCGAGCCACACGAGAAACAUGACAUGCAUGCGGUGAUCCACUGCAUGGGGUGUACGGGGUAGGGUUUUCAGUUAGAAAACAGGUCGAUGGCUCGCUCAGUUGUCUGCGCGUUGGGGAUUCUCUAUUAAUUACCCGUCUCUUGGAGAACACAACAACACCAUAUCAGCAUAUCAUCAACAACAACGCCAAAAACAUCAACAACAGUGACAAGGACAACAAUAACGAAGACAGUAGCAACAACAGCAACAGAAAAACGGUAACCGUUUAUUCUUGGCGUGAAAUCUCUGAAACGCUAAAAUUCGGUGAAUCACACACGACAUGGCUGCAGAUGCGCAGCCACAUGACCACAAGGACUCGUCUCUGACCUCGACGCCUUCCAACAAUGACGCCGCUGCCUCCCGAGAGAGCACCCAAGAACCUUCAAUGGCCCCGGCCCCGGCCCCGGUUCCCUUUGUGCCACCGGACGGAGGCAUGCGGGCUUGGCUCACGGUAGUCGGAGGAUGGCUCUGCCAGUUUUGCUCAUUCGGCUUCAUCAAUGCCCUCGGGUCCUUCCAAUAUGUCUACGAGAAGGAGAUUUUGCCCGAUAAGUCCCCGUCUACCAUUACGUGGAUCCUUACCACCAAGCUGUUCCUCAUGUUCUUCCUCUCCCAGCCCGUCGGCGUCGGCGUCGACAUGUUCGGCGUGCGGCCCAUCCUCAUCCCUGCUUUUGCCUUCUGCGUCGGCGGUCUCAUUGCCCUGUCCUUUGCCACCGAGUACUGGCAGAUCUUUCUGGCCCAGUCUAUCUGCUUUGGCCUGGGCGCCGCCGGUGCCUUCGUCCCGGGCCUGGUCGCCGCCGGCCAGUACUUCAAGAAGAGGCGGGCCCUGGCCAUGGGAAUCGUUAUUAGCGGCAGCUCCGUCGGAGGUGUCGUGUUCCCCAUCAUGCUUGCCCGCCUCUUUGAAGAGAUCGGCUUCCGCCAAACGAUGCGCUGGACGGCUCUGAUGAUCGGCGUUAUGCUCGCCAUCGCCAACCUCCUGGUAACCAGCCCAGUGCCGCCAAAGGGCCUGGCCGGCCGCCGAACCCUCACUACUCUGAAGCCCUUCAAGAUGCCCACCUAUCUCCUGUUUGUUUCUGGCAGCUUCCUCUUCUACUGGGGUCUCUUUGGGCCCUUUGACUACCUACCCCUUUUUGCGGAAGGGGACGAGUCGACCAAAAGAAUCGCCCUCUACACGGUCUCGAUGGUCAAUGCCGCCUCAAUCCCUGGCCGGAUCCUGCCCAACAUGUACUCGGACCGGGUGGGCUCGUCGCUGCGCACCAUCUCGCUGUGCGGCCUGCUGGCCGGCAUCUCGGUGCUCGUCAUCUGGCUGCCCAUCAAUUACCGCCACUCUCUCGCGGGCCUGAUCAUCUUCGCCCUCGCCUUCGGGGUCACGUCGGGCGCCUUUGUCUCCCUCAUGACCCCGGCCAUGAUUGAGGUCGCGGGCGGCCACACCACCAACCUCGGCGCCAUGGUCGGCACCUUCUUCGCCAUCAUUGCCAUCGCCAGCCUGACCGGCCUCCCUACCCAGACCGCGAUCGCUGGCGGCCACGGCGGCGGCGGUGACACCGACUUGAUGGGCCUCAUCGUCUUCUGCGGCGUCGUCAUGCUCGCCGGCACCGCCCUCGUCUACGCUGCCUCCGUCUUGAGCGCCAGGAACAAGAGGAGGGCCGCCGACAAGGAGGCCGUCGCGGCAAAUGCAAACGGCCACAUGGCGAGCGGGGAAACAAAGGCCUAAUUAGAUCCUGUACGCCCGCCUUACUAUAAAAUAUCCCCAAGUUCUAUACCCGCGCGCGCGUGUGCGUGAAGACAGAGGAAGAAGAUACUUGAAAGUUUGCAUUGUGGGCUAUAUAUAACCCAUACUGUAAGUUGCCGUUAUAUCAUUUAAAAUAUGUCCCAGAUAACCACGGGGGUUGACUGAGGGGACGUCCACCGGAGGAUCCAAGCAGCUCAGAGCUUCGCAAUGGAGCACGAGAGGCCUUCUCUCGUCCUCAGGAAAAUGAAUAUUCGGAGCUUAAUUAAUUAAUGAUCCCACUUGACAUCCGCCCGCUUAUUUCGCUAUGUUGGCUGUUCAAGAACGCAG